CUCCCAAGUCCCCGCCGGGCGGGCGCGCGCCAGUGGUGCACGGCUGACGCGGCCCGGGCGGCGGGGCGGGGGCUUGGGACCCCCGGGCGGGGCGGGGACUCCGCGGCUCCUCGCUGCCGGGCUCGGCCUGGAGGGUGGGUCGGCGAGCCGGACGCGGGUCUUCCCCGGGCGCGGGCGCAGGUGGCCGAGGCGCGGGACUCCGGACACCCCGCGGAGCCCCAAGGCCCGGGAGCCGCGGCGCUCGGCGAGUUGAUCCGGGAUCGGGAGCGGCUCCGGCAGCUCCAUGUCUCGGGCCGCCGAGGCCCCGCCGGCCGUCUGGGCAGCAGUCCGGGGAGGCCUGGCGGGCGGCGCGGAGGCGGCGGCUGCAGGCGCCGGGGCGCAGUAGCGGACGGGGUGGGCGCGCGGCCAGGCGCCUCCCCGGCCCCCGCGACCCAACUCCGCCCGGGCCGGAGUAAGUUGCUGCCGCCGGCGGAGAGCGGGGCUGCGAAGCCACCGGGGCGCCAUGCCGGCGGUCAAGAAGGAGUUCCCGGGCCGCGAGGACCUGGCCCUGGCUCUGGCCACGUUCCACCCGACCCUGGCCGCGCUGCCGCUGCCGCCGCUGCCGGGCUACCUGGCGCCACUGCCCGCGGCGGCGGCCCUCCCCCCGGCCGCCUCUUUGCCCGCCUCGGCCGCCGGCUACGAGGCUCUGCUGGCCCCGCCGCUCCGCCCCCCGCGCGCCUACCUCAGCCUGCACGAGGCCGCCCCGCACUUGCACCUGCCCAGGGACCCGCUGGCCCUCGAGCGCUUCUCGGCCACCGCGGCCGCGGCCCCGGAUUUCCAGCCGCUGCUGGACAACGGCGAGCCGUGCAUCGAGGUGGAGUGCGGCGCCAACCGCGCGCUGCUCUACGUGCGCAAACUCUGCCAGGGCAGCAAGGGCCCGUCCAUCCGCCACCGCGGCGAGUGGCUCACGCCCAACGAGUUCCAGUUCGUCAGCGGCCGCGAGACGGCCAAGGACUGGAAGCGCAGCAUCCGCCACAAAGGGAAGAGUCUGAAGACGCUUAUGUCCAAGGGGAUCCUGCAGGUGCAUCCUCCGAUCUGCGACUGCCCGGGCUGCCGAAUCUCCUCCCCGGUGAACCGGGGGCGGCUGGCAGACAAGAGGACAGUCGCCCUGCCUGCUGCCCGGAGCCUGAAGAAGGAGCGGACUCCCAGCUUCUCUGCCAGCGAUGGUGACAGCGACGGGAGUGGUCCCACCUGUGGGCGGCGGCCAGGCUUGAAGCAGGAGGAUGGCCCGCACAUCCGUAUCAUGAAGAGAAGAGUCCACACCCACUGGGACCUGAACAUCUCUUUCCGAGAGACGUCCUGCAGCCAGGACGGCAACCUUCCCACCCUCAUAUCCAGCAUCCACCGCAGCCGCCACCUCGUGAUGCCCGAGCAUCAGAGCCGCUGUGAAUUCCAGAGAGGCAGCCUGGAGAUCGGCCUGGGACCUGCAGGUGACCUGUUGGGCAAGAGGCUGGGCCGCUCCCCCCAUAUCAGCAGCGACUGCUCUUCGGAGAAGAGGGCACGAAGCGAAUCCCCCCAAGUGCCUGGAGAAGCCUCUCACCCCGGGUCCUCCCCAGUAGAAGCACUGCUGCUGCCGCCAGAGCUGGGGCCCAACAUGGCCCCGGAGGACCACUACCGUCGGCUCGUGUCGGCACUGAGCGAGGCCAGCACCUUUGAGGACCCUCAGCGCCUCUACCACCUGGGCCUCCCCAGCCACGGGUCACUCCGGGAUGCAGUCGGACCUCCCGCCCGCUGCACUCAGCCUCCCAGGCCCCAGCCGCCCGCCUGGCAGGGCAGCUUGGCUUUUCGGGCUAGAGAUCUCCUGAGGGUCCGGCAGGAGGUGGCAGCUUCAGCUCUGAGGGGCCCCAGUGGCCUGGAAGCCCACCUGCCCUCCUCCGCGGCAGGUCAGCGUCGGAAGCAGGGCCUGGCUCAGCACCGGGAGGGCGCCGCCCCAGCUGUCGCCCCGUCCUUCUCGGAGAGGGAGCUGCCGCAGCCGCCCCCCUUGCUGUCGCCCCAGAAUGCCCCUCACAUCGCCCUGGGCCCCCACCUCAGGCCCCCCUUCCUGGGGGUGCCCUCGGCUCUGUGCCAGACCCCAGGCUACGGCUUCCUGCCCCCAGCCCAGGCGGAGAUGUUCGCCCGGCAGCAGGAGCUCCUGCGGAAGCAAAACCUGGCCCGGCUGGAGCUGCCCGCCGACCUCCUGCGGCAGAAGGAGCUGGAGGGCGUGCGCCCACAGCUGCUGGCGCCCGAGGCCGCCCUGCGCCCCAACGACGGCGCCGAGGAGCUGCAGCGGCGCGGGGCCCUGCUGUUGCUGAACCACGGCGCGGCGCCAUUGCUGGCCCUGCCCCCCCAGGGGCCCCCGGGCUCCGGACCCCCCACCCCGUCCCGGGACUCUGCCCGGCGAGCCCCCCGGAAAGGGGGUCCCGGCUCUGCCUCGGCCCGGCCCAGCGAGUCCAAAGAGAUGACGGGGGCUAGGCUCUGGGCACAAGAUGGCUUGGAGGACGAGCCGCCCAAAGACUCGGACGGAGAGGACCCCGAGGCGGCAGCUGCUGGGUGCCGGGGGCCCACUCCGGGCCAAGCUCCAGCUGGAGGGGCCGGCGCCGAGGGGAAGGGGCUUUUCUCAGGGUCCACACUGCCCCCUCCGCUGCCCCUGGGCUUCCCCUAUGCCGUCAGCCCCUACUUUCACACAGGCGCUGUAGGGGGACUCUCCGUGGAUGGGGAGGAGGCCCCAGCCCCCGAGGACGUCAGCAAAUGGACCGUGGAUGAUGUCUGCAACUUCGUGGGGGGCCUGUCUGGCUGCGGAGAGUACACUCGGGUCUUCAGGGAGCAGGGGAUCGACGGGGAGACCCUUCCACUGCUGACGGAGGAGCACCUGCUGAGCACCAUGGGGCUGAAGCUGGGGCCCGCCCUUAAGAUCCGGGCCCAGGUGAGCUGCAGGGGAGUGAGGUCAGGCUCUCCAGACCACAGCUGGGCAGAAAGCUCUGGGUGGGUGUGCGCCAGCCCCCACCAGGCCCUCUCUCUGCAGGUGGCCAGGCGCCUGGGCCGAGUCUUCUACAUGGCCAGCUUCCCUGUGGCUCUGCCACUGCAGCCACCAACCCUGCGGGCCCCAGAGCGAGAACUCGGCACGGGAGAGCAGCCCUUGUCCCCCAAGACAGCCACGUCCCCCUAUGGAGGGGGCCACACCCUUGCUGGUCGAGCUUCACCCAAGCAGGAGAAUGGGACUUUGGCUCUACUUCCAGGGGCCCCUGACCCUUCCCAGCCUCUGUGUUGAGGUGGCCGGGGGUACAGGGUGGGGCCACACAAAUCUGCAGGAGCCACCACUACAAUGGCCCUGCCUCCCACAGCUUUAUUUCUUUUGGUUUUGGAUGCAAAACAAAAAAUUUUGAAGGAAAAUGUGACUUCAAAGGAAAGGAGGAAAUUUCCAAAGACUUGGGGGAGUGAAUGUAGAGCCUGGUGCGGCCGAGGUCUGCAGAUGGAGGGCAGAGGUGGUGGAAGGCGCCAGGGGUCUGCAGGCCUCCCCCUGGAACUAGGACUGGUCUAGUCUCCUGACAUCAGGGUCAUUGUCUCCCCCGCAGAGCUGACUUCAGCCCAGAGCUGUGGGGCUUCAGCAGCCACGCCACCCCAGCACAGCUCUCAGUCCGUUUGGUCUUCCAUGCUGAAAAAUAAAUAAAGCCUG